AACUUUCCCCCCCCUUCACCCCGCCCCGAUUUGCUAAACUCCGUUACCAAAUUUCGUAAUCAUAGAAAACGGUUUCGUUCAUUUCUCCUUCGCACGCCCCUAGCUUUUUUUGCCUUGUGCACGCUAUUAUCGCAGACGUAUUUUCCAAAUCCACUUUCGACGCCUAUCGUCAUACACAAGAAGACCCUUCGGUUUCUAAUUCUCUUAUGGGGAGCUAGACCCCUUUGUUAAUAGUAGAUGUUCUUCGCCUCACUGCCUCAUUUCACAACAUGGAGUCGUCUCCUUUAAUCAAGGCGCAUGAUCAUGCGAAAGCCGCAUCUGUAGCUACGCAUACGUCCGAUACCACCGUCGCGGUGAACGAACAUACGAGAGCCGCCGGUGAAUUUGCCAAUGCUGCGAGAAAUACUAGUAGUGUAGAAGCACUACGUACAUUGAAACUACUCGAGCAACAUCAUCGAAGACUUUCCGAGCUUCUUCAGAUACCGGGCAAGCCUCCCACCUCUCAGGCAUCAUCCGAAAAUGAUUCCCAAGCGAGUGAGAAAGAUGAUUCCGUCCCGGAGAUGCUCUCUUCUACAUCCCCCGUGAAGCACGAUAGUAGUUCUUCAAAUGAGAAGAACACCCAACCCUUGCCUACGCUACCGAAACAGCCGCGAUACCCUGCUCGCGAUCUAGGGGCGUCCAUUGCCAGUAACCUGGCAUCUGCUCGUGGUAUUCGAUCUAAAUAUAGAUCUCAACCAUUAAGCCCGAGUGUCUCCAACACUGAGGCCCCAGGAAAUAUGGAAACCGCAUCACGGAGGAGUGGCACAAGGACCAAAAUGCAGAACAUGCUAGAUAACUCUGAUAGACCAAAUUCCGUCGUCUCACCAGAAAAGGAGAGGCUUACGAGACAAUCCAGCUCGGGUUCACAAGACACUACGCUAGGCAAAGAUAAAAGAACUAAACAGGCUGAUACUAGCGACGAGGGAUUCUCCAGGUUCUACAACGCAUUCGGUAACAUCAUUAAUAGGAUUUCUGCACCACUUGCGUUCGCAGGCCUGCCCCUCGUCAGCGAAGAAGAGCCUGAACCACCAGCUCCCGUCCCCACACCAAUCCCCGCUCCCGAGUCGCCCAUCCAAAAGCGUAUCAGAGUCAAGGGAUCCCCAUCAGUAUCCGCGGAACCCGACCUCCGAAAAAUCUACUCGAAAGCCGCCCUACGUGCUGUAUCUCGUGAUGGCCAAUCCGCUAACGACUCGUUUUACGUGGUCCCGACAAGCGGGCACACUGCCUCCUAUGCUAGCAUUCUGACCUUUGCUGACAAGGAGAAGCGGCGCAUGGAAGCUAACAGUAGCAUUCCCGAAGACUUAGACGAGGAUGACUUUGUUGACGCCAAGGAAUCUCAACUUCCGCGCUCUCCCGCCGUCCAGAGACUUGCUGGUAAGGCGCGCGCAGACCGGGAUAAGGAUCUGACAAAUGUGGUCGAGGAGCUGUAUCUCGAGAACAAAAGUUUGAAAGAUAUGCUAGAUAAGCUGAGUAAACGCCUCCAUGCUUUCGAGUCGAUGUCCCAGAAUUCAGGUAUGCGAUUGGCGGAAAGUAUGAGGCUUAUGCGUCCGAGUUCCCCUUUAGCAUCCGGUAGUACAGCCGGAGGUAGUAAAACUCCAACUCCGAGCGCAGGUUUAUCAGACGAGGCUUUAGCGAAACGUAAUCGUGAACUUGAGGAACAGUUAUUAGCGGUGUCGAAGCAGAUGGAAGAGACGGAACGAAAUUAUAAUAAGGCGCGCGCAAAUCUUGUUCGCUACCGCGAGAAGUGGGAGCAACUAAAGGCAGGUGCGAAGGCUAGACGUGCUGGCGGGAGCGCGAGUGGGAGUGGAAGUGCAGGUCUACUAAGUGGUGGGCAAGGUGGAAGUUUAGAAAAUGUUGAUGAUGGGAGGUUGGGAUCGCCCGGUUUAGGUUAAGUCGACCUAGUAAAAGUAACUUGGUAAGGGGCUUGGUAGUUUAAGAACAACAGUUGGGUGAGUUGGUAGUUGUGGUAGUUGUGGUAGUAGACAAUAAACAGCGAAUAGGUUGACUACUCGUUUAUUAUCUACGUCUAUUUUAAUAUUUUGGUUUUUAUUCUAGUGAUUGACAGCCGCAACGAACGCUCGUGCUCAUGCUAUUUAAAUUAAUCGGGCGUCAACUAAAUAAAGCAAUGCCAUGGUUCCCUCGUGGCAACUCG